AUGAGUCUCAAGCGGUAUCUGAGCAGCUGGGGAGCUGCUCCUGGUGUUCAGCUUCCAGGAGCCCAGCUGCCUGGAACCUGUGGAAGCAUCUCCACCCAGAAUCUCUGCACAGGGCAGGUCAGCGGCCCUAAGUCGUGGGCGAAGGAGUGCUUGCCUGAGGGAUUCUUCAACUUGUCUGGAGUAGAGAAGAGGGCCAGAGGGCCGCAGAAAGGCAAGGAUCACGGUCCCCAGGCAAACGCUGGACGUCCAGAAGCUCGAGAUUGGCUUUUGGGCCCCCUCCAGCUCACUCGAGUCUUCCGACUGACAUCGGCGGCCGAGGACUCUCUGGAGGCAGAAGCAAAAAAGAAGUGCCUGGAGUGCAGCGCUCCGCCCCGGGCCCUUUGGACGACCAGCCAAGAAACUUCCCCACCAACGCAGCCGAAGGCUCCCGGGUCCCAGCUGCUGGCUCGGUGGGAGCACAGGACGCCCGCCUCCAGGGUCUUCACCCUGGGCGUCCAAGGCCGCCCAGGGACGCGCAGUGAGAGUCCUGCCGUGUCUGAGAGCAGGUCGUCGGGGCGCGCGGGUCCCGGCCGCGCAGCGCGGCUCUGCGCUCGCUUCCUCGCAGAGCGCGUUCACGCGCCGCCAGGGGCGGAGGCCUAA